AUGAGUCCUCCAUUCCAAACUCAGGGUGCAGCUAAAGAUGGCAAUGCUCAGCAGAGUUUCACAUCAAAGUCGGAUGUUCCAGCAGCACCCGUCAACACUGAUGUUGAAGGGAAGGCUUCUCUUCAGCCAAAACGUACACCAGUAUCUGACAAGGAAAUAGAGGUUAUUAUCGUGAGUAAACUGACACAGAGGAGCUCAAGUAUCUAUUUGUGGCCUGGGCUUGGUAGGACUGAUCCAACCUCAAUAUGCUAUUCAUUUGCUUUGAAGUCAUUCCAUAGGCUUCUCCUGGAAAGUAGCUCCAAAUAGUUAAUCCGACCUGAAUAUAACAAAAUUUUAUAAGGCCUGUGUGCAGAUCUUUUUUAUUUAGUAGUUUGGUGCGCUUGAAUCAUAGGAGAGUUAUUCAAUAUGAGUCAAGCCUAAGAAAAUAAAUCUCAAUAAGAGGAAGCCGUGCAACCAAAGUUGCCCU